UUGUCGGCACAAGUGCCAACUUCUCCCCUCCUUCGUUACACACAGCGACAAUUGCCAAAAGCUGCUCUACAACGCACGACUUGACAUCGACUCACGAUAAUGCGUCACUUCGAUACUGAAUUGGCGCCCUCGGUGAGCCACCAACUGCCCCCACUGCACAAACACUGUCUUCCGCCGCCGCCCAUAACCACCAGCAACAUGAAAGCAGUGCGCCCGCUGAGUCGCGGGGACAAUCACACCGCAACGCAUGCCACCGCUGCAGCUCCGCCUUUGACCAAGUGCGCCACCUCACCGUCUCAGCAGGCGCGUAUGCCUUCCGCCGAAGAACAGGCUCCUUGCUUUGAGUGCGAUUUCGAUUUGCACCCAUUGAUGAAGACCUGCGGUUCUGUCUUACCCGACCAGUCUCUCAGCUGCGAUGGAAGCGACGUCCGUCCAGCACCAACCACCACGCAACGGCUCCUGGAUGCCAGCACGCCCAGCACACCCUGUCGCCCAACGUGGCGAUGCUUUUCGUGUGGAGAAAGCUUCGCGGCUAAUGCAGCCAUCUACGUGUCAGACGAGUGCAAGGCAGUAAUUCUUCUCUCCUCCUACUCGUGCGCGAAGCAGAACGCAGCUGACACUACCAGACGUUCUGUGCCCUUUGCGCUGGCACCCAGUCUGCGCUUCUGUGCCCGUAUCAUUUCCCACUCGGCCAGCAGGCGCUGCACAAUCUCGGGCUGGCCCGGCAGAUCCUGCCGUGGGUGGACGAGUCGAGCGCGGCCUGUGAUCACACUGCCUGUGCUAAGCACCUCACGAGCUUUGAGGUCCUCCAUGCCUCACCUUUCGAGACGACUUUCGCAAUGGAUGAGGACGAAGACCCGGCUGAAGAUAUCAUAGUCGAAGUGCCGAAGCCGAAGGAGAUUAGCCGCAUGCACAAAGCCCUACGCAAGAGCAUGGACAAGAAGACGAAGAAGAUCUUGGAGAUGAUGCGUCGUGCUUGAUGUUCGCAACUACUG